UCGAAUUUUACGAGUCUUUCUAGAUAUUUUAUAUCAGUUUAUUGAAAUGUUUUCUCGAAUAUUCUGCUUUUUUCUCAUUAGUUGUAUAUACAACCAGAUAAACUGUGCUCCUGGUAGAAAUAGGAAUGAAGAUAGUGAUUUUAUGUUUUCAUCAGAUAAAGAUGGAAACUACAUAAACGAUGAAUUUCAUGAGAUGAAAGAUGCUGUUGAUACGACUGCUGAAGAUGCGAAGAGAUCAUUCAAUGAUAACUACGAAAAAGGCAUAGACACAGCAGAAAAGAUUGCUGACAAUGUACAACAUACCCUUGAAGGUGAACGUCAGGAGCAAGAAGAUUUCCUACAAAAUGUGGUAGAUAAAUUAAAAUAUGAUGCUUCAAACUAUGCCGAAGGGAUACAAAAUGUCGCUAACAAGGUUUACGACUCUGGUGUGAACGCUUUUAAAAACACUCGAGAAUCAGUUCGUAAUUCAGUAGAUAAAAGUCUCCAAUCGACUGGCAAAUUUUUCAAUGCUGGUGUGGAAAGUAGUAAAGACAAUUUGGCAACAUUGUUCACAAUUGCCAAAGCACCUUUUAAACAAAGUACUGAUUUUUUGUAUGGUCUCCUGAAAAAUUGAUUUCUUUAUAAAAUAGUUUAAUCCUUUUUCUAUACAAAAUAUAUUUAUGUUCAUUUUCUCAAUGAAAAUUAAAUAAAAAUAUAUGCA